UGCUUCCUGAAAAAAAAAAAGACAGAGAGAUGCUAUCCAGCUGGGAGUUCAUUAUAGCCAGUGGAGCGAAUUUUUGAACAGACAGAUAUUACUGCCAAAAAUGGACCUGUACGGAAAGAUGGCUGCCACUCAAGAUGUGAAAGGGAAGGGAGAGGGAGGGGACCAAAACUUCGACUACAUGUUCAAGCUGCUGAUCAUCGGCAACAGCAGCGUGGGCAAAACGUCUUUCCUCUUCCGCUAUGCCGAUGACGCCUUCACUUCGGCCUUCGUCAGCACAGUGGGCAUCGACUUCAAAGUGAAGACCGUGUACAAGAAUGACAAGAGGAUCAAACUGCAGAUCUGGGACACAGCAGGCCAGGAGCGCUACAGGACCAUCACCACUGCCUACUACCGUGGGGCCAUGGGCUUCAUCCUAAUGUAUGACAUCACCAAUGAGGAGUCCUUCGGUGCUGUGCAGGACUGGUCAACCCAGAUAAAAACCUACUCGUGGGAUAAUGCACAGGUGGUGCUGGCUGGAAAUAAGUGCGAUAUGGAAGAGGAGAGAGUGGUCUCAGUGGAUAGUGGCAGACUUCUGGCAGAGCAGUUGGGUUUCGAGUUCUUUGAGACCAGUGCGAAGGACAACGUCAACGUGAAGCAGACCUUUGAACGUCUUGUUGACCUAAUUUGCGACAAGAUGUCCGAGAGCUUGGACGCUGAUCCAGCUAUUACCACAGGCACUCCCACUGCCAAGCUCACAGACAGCGCUCCACCUCUCCAGCAGCCUGGAUGCAACUGUUAG